UAGUGGUUUGGAAGAGAGGGUGGAGGGGGAGAGGGAAGGAGAAGCGGACAAGGCGAGAUGGUGCAGCGAUUAACGUAUCGGAAGAGGCAUAGCUAUGCCACCAAAUCGAACCAGACUAGGGUUGUCAAAACCCCAGGCGGGAAGCUUGUGUAUCAGUACACGAACAAGAGGGCGAGUGGGCCGAAAUGUCCUGUGACUGGCAAGAGGAUCCAGGGAAUACCACAUCUAAGACCUGCUCAGUACAAGAGGUCUAGGUUGUCCAGAAACAGGAGGACAGUGAACCGUGCUUAUGGUGGAGUCUUAUCUGGAAGUGCUGUAAGAGAAAGGAUUAUCCGAGCUUUUCUGGUUGAAGAGCAGAAGAUUGUCAAGAAAGUUCUGAAGAUCCAGAAGGCUAAAGAAAAACAAGCCUCAAAGAGCUAGACACUGAUUAAAUGAGCCAAUUAAUGCUUCGAGUUUCUAUUACCGAGGAGGAAAUCUCCACACGAUGAAGAUUAAUGCUGAGAGCUUCAAUAUAACAGUUGAAUCUUAGAGGCAGGCUCUGGAUUUAUUUAACACAAAUUCCCAGUCACGAAUCCCCCUUCAAGUCGUUCAUUGUUUGUUAUGCUCGAACUAUCUUUUUCAUGCUUGUAUUUUCAGCUGGCAAUAUCUUUGUGAAGUAACUAUUGCGCUUUUGUAGGAUUGUUACUACUGCAAAAUUAUGGUAAUCUUUUAAGCAGAUUUCAAAGAUUUCUUAAA